ACUGUUCUCAUUAAUUAUCAAUCCACUCCUAGCCCAGCUUACGCUCUUCACCUAAAUGCUGUUUUGCAGCCGCGUCACAGACAUAAAAAGGUUACACAACACCCAAGUGCUGCGAUUGCUGUGGCAUACUGUUGCGUAAUAUUCCACCCUGUGCCAGUUCACCUCUCCUCAACCGGCUGAGGGACUGCAGCCGCCUGGCAGUUGAAAUCAAACUGUUCUCUUUAUCUCCUGCAGGGAUGUCGAGUUCUAAUCCUUAAGACAUGAUUCAGUGCACAAAGGGCUUAAUAAUUAGCUGACGUGUCGAGUCGAGCGUGUCACGGCAGAGCUUGGGGUUUGACACUUGUGACCUAUUUCUGUUCUGCACUGAGGGCGAAUGGAAAUAACCUGGAAGAACCAGCUGAAUUAGUGCCGCCACCUGUUAAGAGACCGUUGGAGAAACGUAUACAAAAAUUUUAAAUGUACACAGUGCACAAAAGUCAUUUUUAAAAAGACAAAAACAAAAACUUGACAGCUGGUUAAAAAAAGAUGGUUAAAUAAGAUGGUGUCAUUAUGGGCUAACAGCCAAUCAACUGCUUGUGACUGUUCAGUGACCAUGCAAUAGUUGUUUACAACUCGCUGUACUUGGUCUAAAUCUAAAUCAGUGUCUUUUUUUUAUAUAUAUGCAGUAGAUCAGCAUUCUAGAAGUACUGAUGACAUCCAUGAUAUCUUAAGAAAAACGUAUUAUGACGUGAAGUUAUGAUCACGAUGGUAACUUAUCCUGUUUCCCAGCUCUACGUGCUGUGCCUCAUACUUCACUGAUCACAAUGCACAGCUUGUGGAAACAGUUCACGUUACGGACAGGGCCAUCUGCUGAAGCACGCUGUAGAGUGCCAGCUUCUCCAAGGCUGACCAGGCAUUUAUCCACAAGAGACCUGACAUACAGUAAACUCAUCCAUGUAAGCAGUAACUUAGGGCCUUUCAGGAGAUUUAUUGACCUAUAAAGUUGAGCAACCAAGUGCGUUGAUGACUGAACCUCUGUCUCAAUGUAGACGUGAUUCAGUGCAUGCUUUCUUCAUUCGCACCUGAGUGCAGUGGCUCUUGUGCAUACAGGAAUGUCUGGAAACCUGCGAGAACUGAAGCAGCAGGUCUGCAGUUCCAUUGACCAGGCCAGGGACAAACUCCAUCGAUUAGGAACGGCCAUAUGGCACUGCCCGGAGCUGGCAUACGAAGAAAGGCAGUCUCAUGACAUACUGGUGCGUUUUUUUGAAGAGGAGACCAGGUGGAACGUUGAGCCGCACUUCAAACUGGACACUGCGUUCCUUGCCUCCUGGGGGCCGGUGGGAGGCAGAGACAGCGACCCCAUAGUAAACAUUGGAUUCUUGUGCGAAUAUGACGCUCUGCCCGGAAUAGGACAUGCAUGUGGCCACAACUUGAUAGCAGAAGCUGGAGCUGCAGCAGCAGUGGGCCUGAGGGCUGCAGUGGAGAGCGUUGCAGCCUGUCCUGUCCGCGUCAAGGUGACUGUGCUGGGAACUCCAGCAGAAGAGGAAGGUGGGGGGAAGAUUGACCUGCUGCGGGAAGGAGCCUUUGAGGGUCUGGAUGUCGUGUUAAUGGCCCAUCCCUCUCAGGAGGACGCGACCUACAUCCCUGAUGUGGCUGAACAUGAUGUGGUGGUGAAGUACCAUGGACGAGCAUCUCAUGCGUCUGCAUACCCCUGGGAAGGUGUGAAUGCAUUAGAUGCUGCCGUGAUGGCCUACAGCAACCUCUCUGUGCUCCGGCAGCAGCUCAGGCCUGCCUGGAGGAUCCAUGGGAUCAUAAAGCAUGGAGGUGUGAAGCCCAACAUCAUCCCUGAUUACAGUGAGCUGGAGUAUUAUUUACGCACCCCCUCCCACAGGGACCUGCCCACCAUCAGAGCCAAGGCGGAGGCCUGCUUCAGAGCUGCUGCCAUGGCAACAGGCUGUGAGGUCGAGAUCCUGUAUGCGAAGAAUGAGUUUUAUGAAAUCCUGAGGAACCGCACGCUGGAAGGCCUGUAUGAGGAGAACGGGAAAGCUCUCGGCAUGAACUUAAUCACAGAGGACUCUUCUGGCUCUACAGAUUUUGGGAAUGUGACCCAUGCUGUUCCAGGGAUUCAUCCUUAUUUCUACAUUGGAUCUGAUGCACUGAAUCACACUGAGGAGUAUACAGUUGCCUCUGGUGCAGAGAAGGCGCAGUUUUUCACCCUCCGUGCUGCUAAAGCCCUGGCUAUGACUGCAGUGGAUGUGCUCUUUGGCCCGGGGGUCCUGGAACGGGUCAGGAAAGAGUUUACAGAGACCAAACUCAUUGAGGAAAGAGGCCUGAAACGCCAGCAGGCAAAGUAUGCUGAAGCAGAGCCCAACAAGAGCCAAGAAGCAACCACAUUCAACACAAGGCUGUGCAUGUGUGAAAACAGACGGCGGCACCGGAAAUAAGCAAGUGGCGCUGCCGCAAGACGCAGCUAAACACUUUUGAAGCGACGCUGAAACCAACUACAUUCUCG